UUGGGGACGCAGCGUACAGGAGCACAGCACCAUGGUAACUCCACCGGACCGGGAAGCUCAUAAGUGACAUUUAAGAGAGAAAAAGGAUCGAGUCAACAGGAAAUGGAGACAUGGUUGGUUGAUGUUUCCUCGGUGUGCCGGUGGACUCAUUAAUUCAGUGCCAGUGCGCAGGGCCGCCUGAAGCUGUGGCUGCAUGGCACGUUAGAGAUGGUGAUUAUAUUUUCUUUAUCGCGUUAAUUCAAGCGGGUACUAUGCUGCUGUCGCUCCGCCGGACCUGUGUUGCUCUACCUGGAGCUGCACCUUAAGCCUGCUCGUUCCUCUCACCCGUUGCGCAGAGACUGAGCGGUGGUCAGCAGUGCGCCCCGGUUCCGCCUGCCCGGCACCCCGACGAGGAUGGCCGGCCGCCGCGGCUGCGUGAACUCGCUGUGGUCGGGCACCGAGCGCGUCCGCAUCGGAGAGCGCCUCAAAGCGACCCUCGCCGGGGUGAUGGAGCUGGAGCUGCUCAGGUGCAAACACCUGGAGAUGGUGGACGCCGCUCUAGAGGACCGAGCCGCUGAGGAGCCGCGGGCGGCAGAGGAGGAAGGGAGCGGGACCCCGGAGAGCGCCGCCUCGGAAGCGGAGCAUGGCUCUGCGACAUCCCGCAGGCAACAGGCUCCGUCUCCCUCAGACAUUGUGGUGUUGCCCUGUCAGAGCAGUCCAGAGGACUGUGGCAGUAAUUCAGGGGACGGGACGGUCCACUCCUCAUCUGGCAGGGGGAUUAACUCACGCUGGUCCACUCUGUCCUGGGAUGCUCCCUCUGACCUGCUGUCUCCCCCAACACCAGACCCCAGUGGUAUGGUCCAUCUGGACAGUGACUCCCGACCUAGUUCAGGUUUCUAUUCAGUGAGCGGGAGCUCUCUGUCGGACUCCUGCUACUCUGUGUCCAGUGAUGCUGCUCAGGGAGGAUCGGCGCCACUGGCCAGACCUCUGAAGCUGUGGGAGCAGCUUCCUCUGUCGACUGACAACACUGACAUCCUGUGGUCAGAGGCUGCAGUGCAGCAGCAGCAGCAGCAGCAGCCUGCACUGCAGAGCAGCCAGGAAGACGCUGAACCAACAGAAGAGACACCAGCUUCAGUCCAAAGUGACAUUGAAGGGACUGGUCUGAGCUUCCUGACAGACCUCUGCUCAGGACUUGGUGACUCCCUGAUUGCUUCCCUCCUCCAGCUUCUCGACGCCACCCCCUCUUCCUCCACUUCCACCUCCACCCUCCCUCAAAACCCCCAGCUGGACCCUCGCUACUGCACGGACCUGGUGUCCCGUCGGACCAAAGAGGUGUACCCCUUCCCCAGCCCCCUGCAUGCUGUCGCCCUCCAGAGCCCCCUCUUUACCUCCCAGAGCCAGGAGCAAUCAGCGUCUCCGAGCCCUGAGGGUCUCCAACUAGAUGAACCACAAGAAUCCAACACUGAUCCAACUCUGCCUCUCCACCCUCACCAGCCCCCUGCCCAAGCUUCUCUCACCCAGCUGGAGCAGUACAUCUCUCGACUGGCUCGCCAGUACCACAGUCGGGUAAACUCCUCCAUCUCCGAUCUCCCUUCAGCUGCCACCCCUGGUCAAGUCAGGCACAGAGGCCUUUGUACCCCUGGCAAAAGCCAUGGUUCCACCCAGUCCCUUUCUGCCUUUGAGAGCCGCAGUACACCCUCCACCCUGCCGGGGGGCAGCAUCACUCCCUGUAAGUCACUGCUGGGAAACUCUGCCAGAAUCAGCCUCAGCACCACCGGGAAAAAAGCCACUAGGAAUUCAAUCAACCUGGGUAACCUUCCUUCAGCAACCGGAGAGGACUUGAACAUAAACCUGCAUCUCAACCUCAACUUGAACCUGACUCCAGGUUUGAAUUCUAGCCAGGGACUGGCGGACAAUCCAAAAAAUGGCAGCUGUGGAGCUCUGAGGAGCGACUUCACUUCAGCUUCCACUGCUUCUGCUACAUCACUCUCCACCACUACACCCACCCCAGCACUUAGGGCUCGCCCUCGCAUUUCAACAUGUCCAAGCAGCCUGAGCCACCGCAGCUCCCUGGAGGUCACUUCAGCGUCUGGGCCCAGUCCUGGAUUCGGGUCCUCUAACUUCUGUCGUUCAUUAGACUGGAGCAGUGGUGCUCCACCUGAGACUGGACCGUCAGCGUUUGGUACAAAUUCUGGAUCGGCUCCUGGGUCUCAGCGCAGUAGCUUGAUCCAAGAGUCCAGCUCCAGUCCCAAGCUAAGCGAAGAUUCCCCCAUGGUGGGGGAGAUCUCCCGCCUCUCUGGCCUCUCUCGGGCUGUUGUGGUGGGACUGAUGGAACAAGGUGUGGAGCUGGAUAUUGACUGCUUCCAAACAGAUACUGCAGGUGAGGUGAGGGGUCACAGUAAAACCCACCUGACACCCCAGAUAGAUCAGUCGCAUGACUAUACUAGACUGACCGACCUGAAUCCCCAGAGACCAAUACAGCUGUCUCUUAGCGUCACCCAUUCACCCCAGUCUCAGUCCAGCCUCACCCCUCCUCUCUCACACUCCAGCAGCCCCAUACACCCUUAUCAGUCCAUCCAUAUUGCCCCUUCUCACUACUCCUCACACUGCCACUACCAGCAGACCUCUUCCCCAUCCGAUCUACCCUCUUCUACAGCCUCCUCCCCUGCCUCCCGCCCAACUGCCAGGGGUCGCUCCCCUCCCCGACCUCUCCAGCCAUCUCCUCUGGGUGCCACACCGCUUACUGUUUUCCGACGGGAUGCGCCCUUCCAGUGCUCCCUGCCUCGCACCAAUACAAGGAGCUCUCCUUUGGAGCACGGCGGCAUCCAACACAGGGGUGGAUCACUUCGGCAGAGUGGGGGAGGAAGUGGGGGUAGCGGUGGUUGGAAGAGGGCAGAGGGGGAGGGGCUUUAUAGAGGAAAGCACGCCUCCCACAAGUUGAUCCGGGCAGCCACAGUUAGCAGCUACGCCAAGAGAGAGGACUAUAGCUCCGUCUGGGCUGAGGAGCAGGAGAGGGAGCGGUCAGCAGCCCACACGCCCAAGAAGAACUCCAACAAGCUCUGGAGGGGCUUUGAGGGACGCCUUUGGAGCAAAGAGUCCGAAAGCGAAAGGGAGGAGAUGGACAGAGCGGAGUAUGGCUACGGAUGGAGGAGGAACAGUGUUGGGAGCUGGAGGAGAGAGCAUCGAAGGAUGAAGGCUUCAACCAGCAGUAACGACAAGAGGCCGAAAGUAGAGAACUCCCCCAUCUUCUCAAAGAAGAGAGGGAAGGAAGACGGAGAGAGACGAAGCACGAGCCUCAGGCUUUCCAGAAGGGCUUUGUUCAGGAGCGAGUCUCAAGGCCUGCUGGUGCCUCGUAACCACGGCGAGGAGCCCACAAGGCGGGCACACUGGGUCUCCUCGUUAGAUGUGGGGCAAGGUGGCCUCAGCAAAGACGAAGGCCUCAGACUGCUGAGAGCAAAGGAGGAAGACAAACGCCUGUCCUCCACCGCCAGCCUCUUUAACCUCUCUCGCUCUCAGAGCCUGGAGGGCAGCUGCCACUCCCUCUCCCCUCUCUCCUCCCCUUCCUUCUCUCCAUCUCCUCCUCCGCGGGCACCCCUCCAGCGCUCUCGAUCACUGAGGGACUUGGGGAGGAGAGUGUUUGGCUCCAUGAGGUCCCUGAGUCUCAAACGGAAGCCAUCCAAGAAGUGAAGCUUGUACAAUAAGUAAAUGCAUCUUCCAUGUGUUACGUUCAAAACACCAGUGACGGUUGGUAUUAUAUUUCAUGUAAAGGGAAGUGCCAUCAUUUUAAAGCAAUACUUCCUCCCCCAAAUGACCAUGUAUGUAUCAAUUCCUCACCCAGUGUUACACUAAAUUUGUGAAGCUUUUCUUUUCACAUGCCUACAGUGAAUAAAGAAUCCAAAAACAUUUAACAACAGCACAACUAUAGAUGGGUUUCCAUCAAACUUUAACCCGAUUUUUUUUAAAAAUUGGCAAAACAAAAUGUGAAUUUUUGCGUUUUUCUAUCCGCUACUAAAUACUGGAAGCUGGUUCGUUGAGGUUAGCAGAAGGUGGCACUAAUUGUCUGAUCAGGUGCCAUAAUACCACUGCAGAAGAAGAGUGUCAGUCGAACUUAAGACGAAAGAAAACAGUUGAUAUACUGUAUAUAUAAUAAAGGAGAGCACAUUGGACAAUGAAAAUAGAGUUUUGAACAGCUCAUAGUACAGCUAUGUGCUCCUGGAAGAGUUCUGGUAACUGUCCUGAGUACAUAAGGGUGUUAAAAGCCUCCAGCAAUAACAAGGACAGCUUGCAGUGGCCUAUGCCAUGAUAGUACGUCAUGACUGUGCAUCAUCAUUUAUUCACUUGGUCUGUUUCCACUGCACUUAGUUGCCUUUUCCUUUUACUGAUACACAAACUUUUCACCUCGUCCAAGCUUUUUGUGAGAUUUUUUAAAUAUUUACUUUUUCCACUCAUGUUGCAAAUUUAAAAUGCGCAUAAAAAGAGGCGGAUGGAAACACACCUUAUAUCAAAACAUCUAUUUAUAAACUGUCACACACGUUGUGCAGUAUAAUCCAAGUGUCAUUUAUCCAGUCGUAUGCUCAGUACUCUCUAAACAGACAGCCCUUCCUGAUGGGGAACUGAACUGAGAGUGAAACAUGUCUGUACUCUACAAAGCCAGACUCCAUUGACAAAAACAGUGAUUUUACCUCACUAAACACAGGAGUUGCU